AUGAAAGACGAUUUUGCAGAGGAGGAGGAGGUACAUUCCUUCGGUUACAAGCGGUUUGGUAUUCAGGAAGGAACACAAUGUACCAAAUGUAAAAAUAACUGGGCACUGAAGCUUUCUAUCAUAUUAUUAUACAUUUUAUGUGCCUUGCUUACCAUCACAGUAGCCAUUUUGGGAUACAAAGUUGUAGAGAAAAUGGACAAUGUUACAGGUGGCAUGGAGACAUCUCGCCAAACCUAUGAUGACAAGCUCACAGCAGUGGAAAGCGACCUGAAAAAAUUAGGGGACCAAACGGGAAAGAAAGCGCUCAGCACCAACUCAGAACUCUCCACCUUCAGGUCGGACAUCCUGGAUCUCCGUCAGCAGCUUCAUGAGAUAACGGAAAAGACCAGCAAGAACAAAGAUACGCUGGAGAAGUUACAGGCAAGCGGGGAUGCGCUGGUGGACCGGCAGAGUCAACUGAAGGAAACUUUGGAGAAUAACUCCUUCCUCAUCACCACUGUCAACAAAACCCUGCAGGCGUAUAACGGCUACGUCACGAAUCUUCAGCAGGACACGAGCGUGCUGCAGGGCAACCUGCAGAGCCAAAUGUACUCUCACAACGUGGUCAUCAUGAACCUCAACAACCUGAACCUGACCCAGGUGCAGCAGAGGAACCUCAUCACGAAUCUGCAGCGCUCUGUGGAUGACACGAGCCAGGCGAUCCAGCGCAUCAAGAACGACUUCCAGAACCUACAGCAGGUCUUCCUUCAAGCCAAGAAGGACACGGAUUGGCUGAAGGAGAAGGUGCAGAGCCUGCAGACGCUGGCUGCCAAUAACUCCGCCUUGGCCAAAGCCAACAACGACACCCUGGAGGACAUGAACAGCCAGCUCAGCUCCUUCGCAGGGCAGAUGGACAAUAUCACCACAGCCUCCCAAGCCAACGAGCAGAACCUGAAGGACCUGCAGGACGUACACAGGGAUGCGGAGAACAGAACGGCGGCCAAGUUCAGCCAGCUUGAGGAGCGCUUCCAGCUCUUUGAGUCAGACAUUGUGAACAUCAUCAGCAAUAUCAGCUACACAGCCCACUACCUGCGGACGCUGACCAGCAACCUGAACGAAGUCAGGACCACGUGCACGGACACGCUGACCAAACACACGGACGAUCUGACCUCCCUGAAUAACACGCUGGCCAACAUCCGUUUGGAUUCUGUUUCUCUCAGGAUGCAGCAAGAUUUGAUGAGGUCGAGGUUGGACACGGAAGUGGCCAACUUGUCAGUGAUUAUGGAAGAAAUGAAGCUGGUGGACUCCAAGCAUGGUCAGCUCAUCAAGAAUUUUACCAUCCUGCAAGGUCCUCCUGGUCCCAGGGGUCCGAAAGGUGACCGAGGACAGCAGGGACCCCCAGGCCCCACCGGCAACAAGGGGCAGAAAGGAGAGAAGGGGGAGCCAGGCCCGCCUGGCCCAGCCGGUGAGAGGGGCCCAAUCGGGCCAGUUGGCCCCCCUGGAGAGCGCGGCAGCAAGGGCUCCAAAGGCCUGCAAGGCUCCAAAGGCUCCCGAGGGUCCCCUGGGAAGCCCGGCCCCCAGGGCCCCAGUGGGGACCCAGGCCCCCCCGGCCCACCGGGCAAGGAUGGACUCCCAGGCCCCCAGGGUCCCCCUGGCUUCCAGGGGCUGCAGGGCACUGUCGGGGAGCCUGGGGUGCCCGGGCCACGGGGGCUGCCAGGCCUCCCUGGGGUGCCGGGCAUGCCAGGUAUCAAGGGUCUCCCUGGCCCCCCGGGCCCCGCAGGGGCGGCAGUGCCCCUGGCCCUUAAGACCGAGCCGACCACAGCACCUGAGAACAACGGCUGCCUGCCUCACUGGAAGAAAUUCGCAAACAAAUGCUACUUUUUUUCAUCUGAGAGAGACUUUUUUGCGAAUGCAAAACUUUUCUGCGAAAGCAUGUCUUCACAUCUCGUUUUCAUAAACACGGAAGAGGAGCAGCAAUGGAUCAAAAAGCAGAUGGUGGCGAAAGAGAACUACUGGAUUGGCCUCACGGACUUGCAGCGGGAGAAUGAAUGGAGGUGGCUGGAUGGGACAUUUCUGGAGUACGAAAAUUGGAAAGCUGGACAGCCAGAUAACUGGGGUCAUGGCCAUGGGCCUGGAGAAGAUUGCGCUGGACUGAUUUCUUUUGGGCAGUGGAACGAUUUCCAGUGUGAAGACAUGAAUCAGUACAUCUGCGAGCAAGACAGGGAGAGAGAAUUAGCAAUUACAUUAUAA